GAGGAGGAAAUCCUCAACAUACUUUGUAUUAUACACCAAUCGGGCGACAACAGGAAAGCAGUAUAGCUGAUUGGACAGCAUACGCCUAUGACGAAAAUAGAGACAAUCAACUUAAUUCUUCAGAAGCAGUAGCAUUACAACAUCAACGUAUGGUAAACAGUCUAUCACCUACGCCUACAUCUUCUGAGUCCAUACGACAAGGAACACCGAUGAGUAUUGUCCCUACUCAGAGACUCUCUAUACAGGACGUUGAUAUGUCAUUACAAACGGCAACGCUACCUCAACGAUCUAUGCCAGUCGUAGAGAGUAUGUUCGCUGAUUCUAACGAUUCUAUGGACAUUGAUAUGGACUCUCAAGAAUUCAACGAUCAGGUUGUACGAGUAACAGAACAAUUAAAUAAGUUUUCAAAACGAUUGUCAGCCGUUAGUAGUCAAAUUACUGCUGAAUUAUCCGACAUAGAAUCUAUGAACGAUGAGGAUGAUGUAUCUGACGAACACGGAUUUCCCACUGAAAUAAUACUUGAACAAAGUAAUGUUAAAGGAAAAGGGACAAUCAGAAUUGAAGACAACCUUAUUGAAUUCACCCAAGAAAAUAAUGGUGAUGCCGACGAAGAAAAUGAUGAGGAUAAUACGUCCAUACAUUCCGACGAUACUCAGAUGACUGAGACGCCAGUUACCCAUCCAACAACUAUAAAUACAACCAUUCCCCCAUCUUCAAGUCCUCACCAAAGUUCAAGUCUAAAACCACCACCUAUUAACAACAAUCGUAUUAUCAUGGAACCAGGACAGCUUCAAAAUCUUAUCGAUGCCCUAACAAACGGCCUGAAUAAUAUACAAUUUCAAGCUCCCGCUAUCAAUAUUCCACCCCAAGAACAAAAUGUCAUGAUAUAUGAUGUUAGGUUUACGGAAGGAAUAACCAAUCCGCGUAAAUUCUUGGACGAGUUAAGUCGUAGAUUUGACGCGAAUAUGGUGAACAAUUUUGCCCGUCGCGUUGAGCUGUUAUGUUCUUUCGUUCCCGAGACAGUAGCCCAUUGGGCGAACACUUGGAGACAAGCGCAUAACGCCAAUGGCAGAUGGAGGCUUGAUGGUAAUAUACCAGAAUCGUUCUACCACCAAUUCGUUCAAAAAUAUAUGACUCCCCAACUCCGGACGAGUCUUUACACGGAAUACCAAAAGUUGGAGCUAAAGAAAGGACAAACAAUCGAUAAGUUUAUUCAAGGCUUACCUAAGUCUAUGAAAACGAUUGUAUAUCAACAAGGCGCGCCCGAUACCUUAAACGCGGCCAUACAACGAGCCGAAAACGCUCAACUAGCACAAUCUUUCGACGAUGGGGAUAAUAACAAAGACGCAAACAAAAAUAUGUUAUUAAUCGUGGAGAAACUGGAAGAACUGAGUAAAAAAGUCGCCGAAAAUCCGUCCUCAAAUCCACCUGCUGUCUACACUGCGGGUAGAAUGCCUGUCAGUAACCAAGGAAUGCCUAAACGCACGAGAAAUAAUAAUAAUAACUUUAAUCGAAGUUAUCGGUCGAAUAACAAUUACAACAACAAUAACCAAUUCGGAGGAAGAAAUCGUUCAGGAAAUGUCCGAUGCUAUAACUGUGGUAAACCUGGACAUAUUAAAAGAUGGUGUCAAGAACCAACCUGCGACAAUUGUGGAGGUACGAGAGAGUUAAGUGGUAAUCCUCCGCUAUUGAGACUUCAAGGGCACGACGCCAGGCGAAGUGGUCCCUUAGAGAUCAUAGCAGAGCUUGGAGGUGUGCAGAGAAACGUGGUUAUAGACACUGGUGCAGAAAUAAACGUAAUUGCUAGAGAUUUUGUCUGGCAAAACGGUUGGAAAAAUAUGGUAAAAGAACAAAAAAAUGAAAUCCUAGGUAUAUCAAAUCAAGUCAUCAAAUCAGACGGAAAACUGGUACUGGAAGUAAGCAUUAAAGGAGCAACAGUUCCUGUUGAAUUCCUUGUGGUGCCGGUCACCAACAUAUAUGCCAUUCUUGGCAUAGAAUUCGUAAAAGCUCAUGAUGUGGAACUCAAGUUCAACAAAGAUGAAAGUUACAUGAAAUGGCGUCCUAAGAAAAAUGAAGACUUACGGCAA